AAAGACCCAACCACGCGCACGAGAAGGUGCGGGAUGAGGACCUGUCGCAGUGGGACACGUUGGUGGUCAUGGCGGGGGACGGGCUGCUGUAUGAGGUGGUGAACGGGAUCAUGGAGCGGCCAGACUGGGAGGACACCAUGAAGAAGCCGCUGUGAAUCCUGCCGGGGGGCUCUGGGAAAGCCCUGGCUCAGCCCCUCAAACAUUUUACGACCAAUGAUCACGUCGCCAAGAAGAAGCUGCUGACGAACUGCACCUUCAUCCUGUGCAAGGGGCUGCACACGCAGAUGGACCUGGUCUCGCUGAGCACGGCCUCGGGCAAGCGCCUCUUCUCCUUCCUUGGCUUCGGCUGGGGCUUCAUCUCGGAC